AUGGAGCAAGAACUACCUUCUACUAAUAGACCCAAGCCGAAGAUACUAAACCGGCUCAACACGUAUGUUGGUUCGAGCCGGGUUGGGAAGCGGUUCAAACUCGCCGAACGGAAUUCAACUUUCACGACGGAGCUCCGUGCUGGCACCGCGACUUUCCUCACCAUGGCUUACAUCCUCGCGGUCAACGCAUCCAUCCUCUCCGACUCCGGUGGAACUUGCUCUGUUUCCGACUGUGUUCCCCUCUGCUCAAACGCAACGAUCCCACCUUCCCAGUGUACCGGACCGGGUCUCCGACUGAUCCAACCCGAUGUGACAUGCAAAUUCGACCCGGUUAAUCCCGGUUACGCCGCCUGCGUUGAAGGAAUUCGGAAGGAUCUCAUCGUCGCCACCGUAGCUUCGUCUCUAAUCGGGUGUGUGAUCAUGGGGCUGAUGGCGAAUCUCCCUCUAGCUCUAGCUCCGGGAAUGGGAACAAACGCUUAUUUCGCUUACACCGUCGUCGGAUUUCACGGAUCCGGGUCAAUCUCUUACCGGACAGCUCUCGCCGCCGUUUUCAUCGAGGGGCUGAUAUUUCUCUUCAUCUCCGCCUUGGGUUUCAGAGCAAAGCUCGCGAAACUCGUCCCUAAACCCGUCAGAAUCAGCUCCUCCGCCGGGAUCGGACUCUUUCUCGCCUUCAUCGGAUUACAGAACAAUCAAGGAAUCGGUUUAGUCGGUUACAACCCUUCCACUCUCGUCACCCUCGCCGCCUGUCCAACCUCGUCGCGAGCAUCGCUAGCUCCCGUUAUAACGUCGGCUAACGGAACCGUAACUUUACUCGCCGGAGGAGUAGUUUCCGGCGACAUUAUGUGCCUCAACGGACGGAUGGAGAGCCCCACGUUCUGGCUAGGGAUCGUCGGGUUCGUGAUCAUCGCUUAUUGUCUGGUGAAGAACGUGAAAGGAGCGAUGAUCUACGGGAUCGUCUUCGUAACGGCCGUUUCGUGGUUCCGUAACACCGAGGUAACGGCGUUUCCCGAUACACCGGCAGGAGACGCCGCUCACGAGUAUUUCAAAAAAAUCGUCGAUGUACACGUCAUCAAGCGCACCGCCGGAGCUUUGAGCUUCUCCGGGAUAAGCAAGGGGCGUUUCUGGGAAGCUCUGGUGACUCUUCUCUACGUGGAUAUCCUAGACACGACGGGGACGCUUUACUCCAUGGCGAGAUUCGCCGGAUUCGUCGACGAGAAGGGAGAUUUCGAGGGGCAGUAUUUCGCGUUCAUGUCCGACGCGUCUGCGAUUGUGAUCGGAUCGCUUCUGGGAACGUCUCCGGUGACGGUGUUCAUCGAAUCGUCGACGGGGAUACGGGAAGGAGGGAGGACGGGGCUGACGGCGAUUACGGUGGCGGUUUAUUUCUUCCUGGCGAUGUUCUUCACGCCGUUGCUGGCUUCGAUUCCGGCGUGGGCGGUUGGUCCGCCGUUGAUACUGGUGGGGGUGAUGAUGAUGAAGUCGGUGACGGAGAUCGAUUGGGAGGAUAUGAGGCAGGCGAUUCCGGCGUUCGUGACGAUGAUUCUGAUGCCGUUGACGUACUCGAUCGCGUACGGGUUGGUCGGAGGGAUUGGGACCUACAUCGUGCUGCAUCUGUGGGAUUGGGGAGAAGAAGGUAUGGUGAAAUUCGGGUUUUUGAAAAGGAAAGUUGAGGAAGAAGACACUGUCAAUGUCAAUGAUAAUAAUGGAGUUGUGAAAGUUAGCGAAACUCCUACUGUUUAG